AUGUCUUCACAAAAGCAAAAAGUAUCGGCAACUGCAUCGCCAUACCCAUACGCAGCAGCUCCCGACAUCAUUCGUGCACACCAAAAAGAUGCAUACUUUUCGGGAGUGCUCACCAACCAACUGACCGACUUGCAUCGUCGAUUUCUGGGAGCUCGAUCUGCUCAUGCUUGGUCAGGCAAUGCGCGCACCACGGCCGAACUUCUUUAUCUGGCCUUGACCACUCUUAUUGGUAACCGGACAUUGGGAGAGGAAUACUGUGACUUGGUUCAAGUAGAAGCCUCAGAGCCAGCACCUUUGUCAAUACUCAGUCGAGGACAGAAGAGCAACACGGGCAACGAUGGAAAUCAUGAUCAAGGUAUACCGGGCCCUAGGCUCCCUUCAAUCACUCGACGGGCUGCCUACAUCACCCUAAGUAUUCUCGUUCCGCAUUUUUUCUCUCGCUUCAUGCCCACAAUACGUGCAGCUAUACGCCGCCGCCUGGAAGCUCGUCUGCACACACUCGCAGCCCGUGCUGGUCGCAAACCACAAGCUGCCAACAAGGGCAAAGCUGGUGAGCCACCGAAACUGCCUCUCGAAGCCCACAUAGAGCGCUAUAUUCUCGCGCAUCUCCCGGCCCUGACGAGUGGUGGUCCUUGGCAGGCUGCUGCACUGGCAGCCUUUUACUUUGGUGGGGCGUACUAUGGUCUCGCGAAACGUCUCGUCGGGUUGCGUUACGUCUUCACGCGAGACAUCACCGCCGGCGGCACACAAAAUAACCGUGCCGGCUACGAGGUUCUAGGUGUACUGCUGGUGGUGCAAUUCACCGUCCAGGCCUACAUCAAUGCUCGUUGUCUUCUAGCUGCCACUGCCCACACUUCUGCUUCAUCUCAAUCCCGAACCGAGCAGGAUGAAGACAACGAGGCGAACCUAGAGGCAGAUGCUGAGGAUGGAUUUGCUGUACAUGAGCCAAAUCGCCACCCGCACACCUUUGGUGUCGAGGUCUCGUUGGACCACGCGCAUUCGUAUACGGCAAACAACUUUGUCCUCCUACCAGGCGACGACCAAAACCAAGCACCUGCAUCCACAAUCGACAUAUCCAAGGCAACCCACACGCCCAUCAUGCCGCGUGGCGGCGCACGUUACGACUUGGCCAACCCUAAAGUCAUGUGCUGGAUCAAGGGAGAGCAGCAAAGGCGUUGUACAUUGUGCCUGGAGGGACUUCGAGAUCCCUCGGCCACUCCAUGCGGUCACGUUUUCUGCUGGUCAUGCAUCGGCGAUUGGGUCCGCGAGAAGCCGGAAUGUCCCCUUUGCAGGCGAGAGGCUUUAGUGCAGCACAUUUUACCACUGAGAGCUCCUAUUGCUGCUUGA